CCUGGAAAAAAGGCUGGACCAAAUAUGGAUUGAAAAUCAGAAAUUGAAGGUGAACAUACCAAGAUUUAAGAAGAAGCUCAACGCGAUGGAGAAAAUGAAUGGAAGUGGGGGCAAGGAGUACCAACCCAUGAGAGACCAACCCAUGAAGAACUAUCGUUCGUAUGCGAAAAUACUUACAGGCAAAGGUACUCAGCAACCGAAGAAAGGAAACGAACUAAUGGGCCUUCAAAAGAUUUGGGUAGCAACAAAAGGAGCAGACAUGGAAGGAGAAGAAAUUCAAUCCGAGGAGAGCAGAUUGGGAGUGGCUAGAAAGCGCAUGGAGGAAGAAUUAAGUGUUGGGGGCCUUUCAUUAAAAUCAGAGGAUGUUCCGAAAUCCCAAUAUUUUUUUGAUGAAGUAAAGGACGAAUCAAGGGAUUUAGAUUGGGUGAAGGAAAGCAUUCUCGGGUCCAACAGCCAUGGCUUCGAAUGUGAAAGAGAAGGACUAACUGAGCCUAGUGAAGAAGAAGAUGAUGACAUGGCUUAUAACCAUUGGCAGGUUGGUGGUCAAAAGGAAGGAUUUUUCACAUUGAAUGGCAACAAAGAAGAAAAGUCAGCAAAUAGCCUUGCGAAUGGAGAAUGGGGUACAAUAGACAAACAAAAGGAAAAGAGUGUGCAGGAAGAAUUUAAUGAAGCUAUUGGAGAUUGUGUAAAGAGCUCGCAAGUGGGAGAGUCAACUCAGCAGAUGCAAUCCAAGGAACAAGAAGCAGAAUCUACAGAGGAGAAAGCCGAAGUAGAACCUGCAAAGGAGAAAGCCGAAGCAGAACCUGCAAAGGAGAAAGCCGAAGCAGAACCUGCAAAACAAAAAGCCGAUGCAGAAGAAUAAGGUGAUUCAUUCUAAGAAGGUGUGGAUAGCGAUUUAGGUAGAAUUGAGGAAUGGAUGCGAAUGGGUGAAAGGAAGAACUUGAGAAAAAGAAAUGGUAAAAAGAAGAAAGUUAGAUCUUGCAU